UAUGCCCUUUUCCGCGGCGCAAUUACAUUUCAUUUGCGCAGGCACACACAGGCGGUCAGGGGCGAUAUCAGUGAAGUCCAGGACCAGGACCAGGGAAGAACCGAAGAGGACGAGGUGCGCACCGCAGCAUCGCUACAAGAGGACCACAAACAAGUUGCCAUCUGAGCCCAAAGACCAACAUGGACCGUAAAAUCCCGGACUUUUCCGGCACUUGGGAGAUGAAGAGUUCGGAGAAUUUUGAGGAGCUCUUAAAAGUGUUGGGCGUAAACGUGAUGCUGCGUAAAAUUGCGGUGAAGGCGGCGUCCAAGCCUUUGGUGGAGAUCACGCAGGAUAGCGAGACUCUGUCCAUCAAGACCUCCACCACGGUCCGGACAACCCACAUCACCUUCACCGUGGGACAGGAGUUCAACGAGAGCACGGUGGACGGCCGGCCCUGCACGAGUUCUCCGCGUUGGGAGACUGACAGCAAGAUCAGCUGCGAGCAGACCCUGCAGAAAGGGGAGGGGCCUAAAACCUCCUGGACCCGAGAGAUAACCAACGACAGCAAACUCGUGCUGACCAUGCGAGCAGAUGACGUGGUGUGCACCAGAGUCUACGAGCGCCAGUGAACAAGAGCACUUCUCACGUCUCUGUGAUGCCUUCAAUUGAAUUUGUUCCAAUUCUCCAAUCUUGGCCCAUUGAAAUGAAUGAAGAUGCCAUGGAACUGCUCCAACCUCCUGCCCAAAAUAUUUUUUCCUGUUGCUUGUUUUUUUUUGUUUUUUACUACUCUUGAAUAUUGUACAUUAUACAAACAAAGCCAAAUGUAAACUUCAAAUUAGCGUGUUAAUUGAAUCUCUUCCCACAAAAUGUUCAAUUAAUUGUUUUCAAUAUAGAGGAUAAAGACUCUAUGCGUACUUUUCGCUUUUGUGUUUUGGCUUGAAAAAUCACCACUAUCAACGCUAACGCUAGCAAGUCAACGAUAUUUUUUAUUCAUGCUAAUUCAAGCCUUAAGCGAGCAGUUUGUUUUUCAAUUUGCUUGCUGUUGGAUGGCAAACUUCUUAAGUGUGGUCGUUGAUAUUUGAAGGCUCGGAUUCGCUCUCGUGUCUUUGCCUGCACUCUGACCAUUUUUCCUGGCUCUUGUGAAAAUGUUCCCCAUUUGAAAUACAGAAAUAGUUGUAUGACAGAUGUGCGGCUUUUAUUUGCUGCAUAUGCGUUUCCAAUUGUCAUCACCGAUCUCUCGUCUGGUUUUUUUUUGCCCCCGGCUGACCUUUUCAUUUGAUAUUUAUUAGCAUAGGUUACUUUAUGUUCCACUUCUACCACAUUCAAUCCUAUGAAGCAACGUUUCCGAUGGGAGAACAAUAAAUCAGCAACUUUGACUUAA